GGAGAUGCGUAAGUUUGGCUGUGGAGUUUCAUCACGCUCAGACACCUCCCCUGUUGCCUACCUGGGCCAAAGCUGUGUAUGUGGUUUUCUUCCUCUCAUUUACAUUUUCAGGAGGUCAGAGCCGAGUGCAGCCCAUGAGUGCUGUGAGGGCCGGCUGGUGCCCUGCUGCACCACUCUGGCUCAAGUUGUGGACGGCUCUUUGGCUCACCAGGUCUCCACAGUUUGCAGUUGAAAGCAGAGCUCACCGGUGCCACUAAAGGGGUUUGUAGUGCUCAGAGUUCAGUGCAUAGAAUAUAUUUGGAAUCUUUGUAACUACAAAAGGUUGGUAGCUUCGUAGCUUAUUGAAAUAGUUUGAAAGUCGUUAUUUGCUUAAAGAGCGUUCAAUUUUUGAAAUAGGAAUAUUAGACUAGCUGGUUGUUGACUCAGAUUCCAUAAAUAUAUAGCAUUCCUGGUUUACAUCCUAAUGCAUUUAAAGAUGCAGAUGUAUAGAAUGAAGUCACUCCCACUUGGAAGCCAUGUGGAUAACAUUGAUACAUGAUCUCCUUAUUCUGUUUCAACCCAGUCUAUGAACAGCAUCAAUGUUCUUAGGUUUUGUGUAUUAAACAAAGCAAUGUGGACAGGUUCUCUUGAAUAUUGCAUGGCACUGCAGUCGCCUAUAGAAGAUAGCUGCAGGCUACAGACCACUUGAAAGUGAGCACUCGGUGGUGGAAGCAAGUACAGGAGGCUUAGUUGAAUCAUGGGAUGACUUUAGCAUCAGAGUGCUGUGAACCUUUUUAUUACAUUGUUCUUUGUCAUUUGCAGUUCAAAUUUAGAAUGAUUGGAGUGUCCCCAUUUGUCAUUCUCGUCUGUAGUGGUAUUGCCUCAGUUUGUUGCUGCAGGCAAAUAUAGAAGUUUGGUUUUCUGGAAUUGUGUGCUGUGUGUUUCACAGAGGCCCUUCAGCACUUGAAUUGCUUGUUUUUAUCAAGUGAAUCCCAGAAGUAAGCAAGUGUUGGUGCUGGUUAUUUUGGCCUCUUGGUUGUGUUCUUGCAAUCCUGUGCUUUGUUGAAGGAGCUGAGGUUUUGAGCUCGCUGUGAUCUCUGCCAACGGUGUGACCGUUUCUUCUCCAAGUAAUUUAAAACCCUCAGCAGAUGCUGUAGGUGUGAAUUUCCAAAGUGGUACUGUCUGUUCUUGGGUGAGGAAUCAAGGGAACAGAUUGGGUGAGGGAUGCCUUAUAGAUUGUACCUCUGUCAGCUGGAUGCUGUUCUUCUGGGCUUCAUCUGCUUCAGUAGUUGUCCUUUAAUGGAAGGAAUUGGUUGAUAGCAGCCAACGUUAUUAACAGCUUAAGACUGUUAAGCUCUGGUCAUUUUCUUGGUAUAAACAAAUAUGUCCACAUUAUGAAAACUUCAGCUUUCUUAUAUGAGGAUCAGUGACAAAGAAGGGAGAGAAUGAAGCAAUAACCAGUCCUUGGGAAAUGGGUGUGUGGGCAAGUGGGGCUUUGGAUGGGGAACAGGAAGCUUGAGCACAGUGAAUUCAUGGUGGAGUGGAAAGGGCUGUUCCACACAUCCCAAAAACUUACAUGUGACGUGCAGUCCUAGCGCAUCGGCUGAGAUUCAGAGCAGUCCGACAUUUAAGAUCACUUCCACUUCUGAAGUGAAAAUGGGAAUCUUUGAUGGUCUCAAACUGUUCUGUCACUGACCUCAGUGGUCCCCUUCUGUCCUGUCCUGACUGCGUGCCCCUGGACAAGUCCUGGGAUUCCUUCUGCCAGGGAGGAGCUCACCGUGUGCCCAGUUUGGGCCGUAAUGCUGCCAGCACUGGGCUCCUGGAUCAGCUCUGGGAGCCCGUGUGGCUGCAAGGCACUGGGGGCAGCUGAGGGCCUGCCUCCCAUAGCACCAUGGAGCGGCAUGGUGGGGAAGCCGUGCUGGCAGGGCAGCCUGCAGGGCAGGGGUGCUGGAUGUUUUGUCCUGGUGUGGUGUGUUUGGCAGGGAGACCUUUGGGUAGGCUUUGCUGUGUUAUGGCUGCGUAGCUGAAGAGCUUGUUUUAGUAUGUUUUUAUAAAGGUUCUUUUCACCAUUCGACUUUUUCACCAUUCUGUCAAUGGUUUUUGCAUCUAAAGAUUAUCCAGUGCCAUCAGUUGGCUUUUUGUAUUUGAAAAAAGACACCUGUUUCCAACAGGUCAGAUAUCUGCAGUUUGAGGAGGGGCCUUGAAAUGUGACAUGACUCAUGAUAAGGUCUGAUAUUUAUUUGUGUUGUACAGUGAGAACUUCUGGGAGCUGGAGAUUCAGAAUGUGAAUUCAUACAAAAUUUUAUUGGAAUCUGUUUUCUUUGAACUCAGUUUUCUCAUGUUGUGGUUCACAAGAUCUGGUCAGGUUGGAUCUUUUGGAGAGUAAACAUGGAGUUAGAGAAGCUCCUGAACAAGGCCCUCAUUCAGAUGCAGAUGAAUUUGGUGCUGGUGCUGGCUUGUUCGUGUUGGGAAACUUGAGGGACUGUUCUCUGAGCAGUCAAACGUUUUCAAAGGUAUCAGUGCAAAAGCUGCCUUCUUUUCACGUUCGUUCAGUUUGGUGGCCAGGAUCAAGUCCUAAACGUGUUACAGCACUGCUGCGUUUCACAGUGCUGUGUUUUUAGUGUUUGUUUAUUUCCAAGCUUUGUGCUAUUAAGGAAACCACAGAUGGGCGAGGUACUGGGUGGAAAAGAAGGCACGUGAGGCUCCCUGCCUUCAUCUCACUGAGUGCCCUGGACUUGAACGGAGCUGAGGAGGUCUGGCACCUGGCUUUGGAGAAGGGGACGUGGAAAAUCAAGGUCCUGGAGGGCUCUUAGGUAGCCCUUUGUAUUUCAGUGACAGCUCUUUUCUGGUCUUCAGUGGCUGCAGUCAUUUGGAGAAACACAAUCUGCUUUUAAACCAAUUUAUUCCAAUGAGUGUAGAAAUAAGGUGCACAUGGACCCACAUUUGUAUGCUGUUACUUCAUCUUAUUGCAACGUCAGAUGGAAAUUAAAAGUUCACUGCCUCGCAACUGCUGUGUAGCCCUGGAUGUACUUUACUGUUUGCUCUGUUGUGUUCUGUGUUUGUUUUGUUUUGCUGUAGGUUGCUAUAACUUUCACUGAGGGAAGAAGUAUUUUUUUGUAAAAGAGCAUAAGAGUAUGACUGGAAGAACGUGUAGACGUGAGAAGACUGGCAUACACAGGAGGACUGACUGAUCUGUGAUUGAGAAGUGACAGUGCCCACUCGAAGCCAAGUGUCUGGAGUGGAAAGCAUGCCUGGCUUUUUGUGAAUAUUAGUUGCUGGAUUAGAGGAGAGGAGCAGGAGUGCUCAGGUUCAGUGGAAGAAGAUUUGGUUUUUACAGCAGAUUUCUGUGCAGCUUCUGAAGAUGGAGGCAUUCCUGUAUUUGUUCCCAUUGCCUUAGGGUUGAUGUGACAAGCAAACUGCCACACACUGGCCUGUGACUCCUACAUUAUGGAAAAAAAGCAUCAAGUGAUGGGUUUUACCAUGCAGUGUGCCUGCAUUGAGCAGGGCAGCUCCUGCCACCUGUGCACUUGUGCCAUGUCUGCUGCUGCGGUGCCUUGGCUGCUUCUGGGGCACACGUGGGGCACUCUGUGCUUUCUGGAAGAGAUGCUCUUGUAGUCGUCGGGCAGCAAAGACAACUUAAUACAGCUGUUUUCUUACUGUUCCAUACACACCGUUGGCCUCAAAAGACAUGAAUACUUUUUGAGAAGUUGACUGCUACAAAGGAAGAAAGGAAAGUAAGCUUGUGCUUCAGCCUGGUUUUUGAAUAUCUUUCUAAUACAGUGGUGUUCCAGAAGAUGAUAAAGAAAUGAUAGCAGCUCCAGAAAUACCAACUGAUUUUACUCUCCUCCAGGAGUCUGAAACACACUUCUCUUCCGAUACAGACUUUGAGGAUAUUGAAGGAAAAAACCAAAAACAAGGCAAAGGAAAAACCUGUAAAAAAGGUAAAAAAGGACCUGCAGAAAAGGGGAAAAGUGGAAACGGAGGAGGGAAACCUGGUGGUCCAAAUCGGAUGAAUGGACAUCACCAACAGAAUGGUGUGGAAAACAUGAUGCUGUUUGAAGUAGUUAAAAUGGGCAAGAGUGCUAUGCAGUCUGUGGUGGAUGACUGGAUCGAGUCAUACAAACAUGACAGGGAUAUAGCACUUCUUGAUCUCAUCAACUUUUUCAUUCAGUGUUCGGGUUGCAAAGGAGUUGUUACAGCUGAGAUGUUCCGACACAUGCAGAAUUCUGAAAUAAUCCGGAAAAUGACAGAAGAAUUUGAUGAGGACAGUGGAGAUUAUCCUCUAACUAUGGCUGGUCCCCAGUGGAAGAAGUUUAAAUCCAGUUUUUGUGAGUUCAUUGGAGUACUCGUCCGACAAUGUCAAUAUAGCAUCAUAUAUGAUGAAUAUAUGAUGGAUACUGUCAUUUCACUGCUCACGGGGCUGUCAGACUCACAAGUCAGAGCGUUUCGGCACACUAGCACGCUGGCAGCCAUGAAGCUGAUGACUGCUUUAGUGAAUGUGGCGUUAAAUCUUAGUAUUAACAUGGACAACACACAACGGCAGUACGAAGCAGAACGAAAUAAAAUCAUUGGGAAGCGUGCUAAUGACAGGCUGGAACUCUUACUACAGAAAAGAAAGGAGCUUCAGGAAAAUCAGGAUGAAAUAGAGAACAUGAUGAAUGCAAUAUUUAAAGGUGUUUUUGUGCAUAGAUACCGUGAUGCAAUUGCUGAAAUAAGAGCUAUCUGUAUUGAAGAAAUUGGAAUAUGGAUGAAGAUGUACAGUGACGCCUUUCUCAAUGACAGCUACUUAAAAUAUGUAGGGUGGACUAUGCAUGAUAAGCAAGGGGAAGUAAGACUGAAAUGCCUAACUGCUCUGCAAGGGCUUUACUAUAAUAAAGAGCUUAAUUCCAAAUUGGAACUCUUCACCAGUCGAUUCAAGGAUAGAAUUGUGUCUAUGACUCUUGACAAAGAAUAUGAUGUUGCAGUCCAAGCAAUAAAAUUACUCACUCUUGUUUUACAGAGUAGUGAAGAAGUUCUGACUGCAGAAGACUGUGAAAAUGUCUACCAUCUGGUUUAUUCAGCUCAUCGGCCAGUAGCAGUCGCCGCAGGGGAAUUUCUUUAUAAAAAGCUCUUCAGCCGCAGAGAUCCUGAAGAUGAUGGAAUACUUAAAAGGAGGGGAAGACAAAGUCCAAAUGCUAACCUCGUGAAGACAUUGGUGUUCUUCUUUUUGGAAAGUGAAUUGCAUGAACAUGCUGCUUACCUAGUGGACAGCAUGUGGGACUGUGCAACAGAUCUCUUGAAAGACUGGGAAUGUAUGAAUAGUCUUCUGCUGGAGGAACCUCUCAACGGAGAAGAGCCUUUAACAGAUAGACAGGAGAGUGCACUGAUUGAAAUCAUGCUGUGUACAAUUCGACAAGCAGCUGAAUGUCAUCCUCCUGUGGGAAGAGGAACGGGGAAAAGGGUGCUGACAGCGAAGGAAAAGAAAACCCAGUUGGAUGACAGAACGAAAAUUACAGAACUUUUUGCAGUGGCUCUUCCACAGUUGUUAGCAAAGUAUUCUGUAGAUGCUGAAAAAGUCACCAACUUGCUGCAGUUGCCACAGUACUUCGAUUUGGAAAUUUAUACAACAGGGCGACUAGAAAAGCAUUUGGAUGCCUUACUGCGACAAAUCCGGGACAUUGUGGAGAAGCACACGGACAUCGACGUUCUGGAAGCCUGUUCAAAAACGUACCAUGCUCUCUGUAAUGAAGAGUUCACAAUCUUUAACAGGGUUGAUAUUGCAAGAAGUCAGUUAAUAGAUGAGCUGGCAGACAAGUUUAAUCGACUUCUUGAAGACUUCCUACAAGAGGGGGAAGAACCUGACGAAGAUGAUGCUUAUCAGGUCUUGUCAACAUUGAAGAGAAUCACUGCUUUCCACAAUGCCCAUGACCUGUCAAGAUGGGAUUUGUUUGGCUGCAACUACAAGUUACUGAAAACUGGCAUUGAAAAUGGAGACAUGCCAGAACAGAUUGUUAUUCAUGCACUGCAGUGCACUCAUUAUGUAAUCCUCUGGCAGCUAGCAAAAAUUACUGAAAGCAGUUCCACAAAGGAGGAUCUUGUACGUCUGAAGAAGCAAAUGAGAGUGUUCUGUCAAAUUUGUCAACACUACCUGACCAAUGUAAACACUGCUGUUAAGGAACAGGCUUUCACAAUUCUGUGUGAUGUUUUGAUGAUCUUCAGCCAUCAGAUUAUGACAGGAGGACGUGACAUGCUGGAACCACUUGUUUACACUCCUGAUUCUUCACUGCAAUCUGAGCUACUCAGUUUUAUUUUAGAUCAUGUCUUCAUUGAUCAGGAUGAUGAUAAUAAUAGUGCAGAUGGACAGCAGGAUGAUGAAGCUAGUAAAAUUGAAGCAUUGCACAAAAGAAGAAAUCUACUUGCAGCUUUCUGUAAACUCAUUGUAUAUACUGUGGUGGAAAUGAAUACUGCUGCAGACAUUUUCAAGCAAUAUAUGAAGUAUUACAAUGACUACGGUGAUAUUAUUAAAGAAACAAUGAGUAAAACAAGACAGAUAGACAAAAUCCAGUGUGCUAAAACACUUAUUCUUAGCUUGCAGCAGCUUUUCAAUGAAAUGAUUCAAGAAAAUGGUUAUAAUUUUGACAGAUCAUCACCGGCAUUCAGCGGCAUAAAGGAGCUUGCUCGACGUUUUGCUUUAACAUUUGGACUGGAUCAGUUGAAAACAAGAGAAGCUAUUGCUAUGUUACACAAGGAUGGCAUAGAAUUUGCCUUUAAGGAGCCUAAUCCACAAGGUGAGAGCCACCCACCUCUGAAUUUGGCAUUUCUUGAUAUUCUGAGUGAGUUUUCCUCCAAACUUCUCAGACAAGACAAAAGAACAGUGUAUGUUUACUUGGAGAAGUUUAUGACCUUUCAGAUGUCCCUACGAAGAGAAGAUGUGUGGCUUCCUCUCAUGUCCUACAGAAACUCUUUAUUAGCUGGUGGGGAUGAUGAUACUAUGUCAGUAAUUAGUGGAAUUAGCAGUCGAGGAUCUACAGUAAGAAAUAAGAAAACAAAGCCAGCAACAGGGAAGCGGAAAGUACCUGAAGCUGAAGAAAGCAGCAGUAGUGACAGUAUGUGGAUGAACAGGGAGCAGACAAUGCACACACCAGUCAUGAUGCAGACACCUCAGCUUACUUCCACAAUAAUGAGGGAGCCCAAGAGAUUGCGACCCGAAGAGAACUAUAUGGGUGUCUAUCCUAUGCAGCCUGAACACCACCAAGCUCCACUGGAUUACAACACGCAAGUAACGUGGAUGUUGGCUCAAAGGCAACAGGAAGAAGCCGCACGACAACAACAGGAGAGGGCAGCGAUGAACUACGUCAAGCUGAGAACCAACUUGCAACAUGCUAUUCGGCGUGGCACAAGUCUAAUGGAAGACGACGAAGAGCCAAUUGUGGAAGAUGUGAUGAUGUCAUCAGAAGGGCGAAUUGAAGAUCUCAAUGAAGGCAUGGAUUUUGACACCAUGGACAUAGACCUACCACCAUCGAAGAACAGGAGAGAAAGAACGGAACUAAAACCAGAUUUCUUUGACCCCGCUUCGAUCAUGGAUGAAUCGGUUCUUGGGGUGUCAAUGUUUUAAUACCAGAGCAGCAAAUAAAUCAGUGGUGAAGUCAUUUUCUAAGUGGAAGAGGAAGUUUUUUCAAUACAAAAUUGUGGUAGAUACAGUGAAAUUCUGAACAGAUUUUUCUCUAAGGAGAAUGACAUGCUUUCAAGAUCAAGUGCAUUGAAGGGGCAGUUUUGUUUGCCUGCAAAAAAAAAAAAAAAGAAAAAAAAAGAAAAAAAAAAAAGAAAUGUAAAGGACAAGUAAACAAUUUGAGGAUAAGCUACACUUUUUGUUGGAAAAAUCAAUAUUUUAUUUAUGUGCUAUCAGUUUAUUUCCGGAUCACAAGAAGUAUUCCCUCUUAGUUUUAACCUAACAGUCUGAGAGGUGUUUGGUACAGAUUUGAGCUCCUCUCUGCAUACAUUUGCUGGCUGUAGUAAAUAAGCACGAGCUCUGCUGGAUUGCCGUUCACACCACGAAGCGAAGCGAUAGGCGGAUUGGUUUUCUUGUGGCAAUAGAGCCAGAAGAGUGUCAGUAUUUAAAACUAAACGCAAACUUCAGCGGCAGAACGUUUGUGUGGAUUACGAAGGCAUUAUGUGGAGCAGAAUUAUAACCGCUUUUUGAUCUAAAACACUCUUUUAUUCCAAAAGCUUCAUGCUAGCCUUCUCAGAAAGGUCCAGAAACUACGAGUGACCAGAAGGUAACAGGUCUCAGUCAUGCUUGCCCAUUUCCAACCCUGAAAGUUUGCUUGUCCUUUAAGAAAAAUGUAAUGUUGUGAAAUUCCUUCCAGUAGUGCCACUGUAUUUUGUCUCCAAAUAAAAGAAGCUUAUUGUAGUAUGUUUGCAGAAAAAUUCUAAACAAAAAUUAUACAGCUUAUUAGAGUGUGGGAAUAGGGAUCUAAAUUUUAAAUAAAAUUAUAUAUAUAUAUAAAUUGGUGCUGAUUUUAUAAUUGCGCAGUUUGUUUAGUUUUUUCUUACUUUUAAAUUCCAACUUAAAAUUAUGAGGUUUCAGAAAUAUAUUGAAAGUUUAACAAUGUUUAAAAAUAGAAGAGCAUGAGAAGUCAUGCUUUAAAAAUGAUUUUUAAAUUUGUAUUUUAUAUUGUUUUAUCUAUCUGUCUUUGCAAGCAGUCUUCAGGUUAAAGAUACUUCUAACAGGUUACAGUACAUUUCCUCUGUAUGUAAAUUAGAUUGGAUAAUAGAAAUUCAUAAACAACCCAUAAUCUUCUUUGAAAGCUAAGCUUUAAACUUCAUUUUGUGUCCAUUCACAAAUAAAUUAAAUUUGGUCUAAAACAGAGAGUGGAUUUAUGCCAUUUUGACAUCGACUCAUUUUGCAAGGCUUAGGCAGCUAGACAUCAUCUUAAAGGAAAUAUUAACUUAUAUGACAUAUGUAUAUUUUUUGUCAGUUGUCUCUCAGUUCUCCAGGUAUAUUAUUUUAAUCAUUCCAUGCCUUAAUACGCUUGCAAUACAAGGAUCUCCCAAACGGGCGAACACAAAAAGGCUUCCUGUUUUUAGACUUGGAAAUAAACAUCGGGCUGUGGUAGCCAAAAACCAUAGGGUGUCAAAGGAUCACGAUGAAAUGUAAUUAUUUUACUAAAUCACGGGAUAACGACAAACUCGGAACUAGGCCUGCCUAACUCAUUCUGCAUAAAUAAAUACUCAUGUCUAAAAGUACUGCCUAUAUUGUUUUUCACACCACUGCAUUUAAUAGAACUGCUGAGAGGACUGUAUAUAUGAUUUUAAACUUAAGUUGAUUUUUCUUACUCUUGAAGGAGUGUUUCUUUGUGAAAGCAGUUCUUACAGCUUUGUUUUCAACCAGCUAAAAAUGUUUUAUAUAUUUACCUUAACCUGUUGUCCUCCACAUUCUAUUGUCCUAAUUGUACUGUUUUCUGAUUUGUAUUUAUGUCUUGAGACAGUAACUUUUUGAAUAAAAAUAAACCUGCAGUAUGUUGUAUGUUUGAUCUUUUUAAAUCGGGGAUAGGGGAGGCCGGUGAAGAAGGGGGAACGAGUGAUGCAAAUGUUAUGUUUAUAGAAACCAGAAUCUUUUUCCAUGUCUUUUAAGUGUUUGUCUCAGAGUUGGGAUAAUGUAUGGAAAAACUGCACUGUUUUAUAUUUGUAAUAAAUUGUACAAGUUUUUAAAAUGUGAAUAAAGCACUAAUUGGGUUAAUAAUUUAAAGUAGAAAAGUUAUGCAAUCAUGAUUGUUUGAAAUAUGCUUUGAGUUCAACUUGUUAAAAGAAUCAGCGGUGUAAAUACAGAGCGAGCUUUUCCAGAGGUUAGUACCUGCAAAUAAAAUUUUUAACAUUUGUAUAGAA